GUGUGUGUGUGUGUGUGUGUGUGUGAGAGAGAGAGAGCGCGCGCGCGAGAGAGACAGAGAGAACAAGAAAGAGAGAGAGAGAGAGAGCGAAAGAGAGCGAAAGACAGAGAGAGAGAGAGAGGCACCAAACAUUCCUCGCUGAAAUUGCGCCGCCUGCAUUCCCUCGACGGUGCGACCGAGCCUUACAUACCGAAUCAGAUCACUCCCCGAUACUCUUCAUUGCGUGCGGGAUCGUGGUUGCCCGGUGCGGCGCUGCUGCUGCUGCUCUGCUCAGAUGUCGUUCCUGCUUCGCGCCAUCUGCACCCGAUAGCACACUGCUCUUUUCCCAUCCGCGACUCGAAGCGCAUCUGAUCGGACAUCUAUGCGCGAGCACAGGCGAACCACUCCUCCCAGGCACUCGCCCUUUUCUCCACCAGAGCGCGCGGCCUGAGCGCUCACUCCGCCUCCGCCGCCGCCGCCGCCGCCGCUGCUGCCCUCGUCACCGUCCACAUCUUCACUACCGCAUGUCCGAGGACCUCUUCUUCGCAUAGGAAGCAGCCGACACGAGAUUUCGCGGGAUCAUUGCGAGCUCGUGUGCCGUCGUCGCAAAACAGAUGGAAGCGAACGACGAUGACUCUUGUAGGGUUGUCUACUAUUGCCCAAAGAGCGACGCCGAUAUAUGCGAGUUGUUCCAGGCCUCACAGCCGCCAGUCAUAACAUCCGGCGAUCGUGCAUCGCGCCCGGCUCUGUUCAACGUAUACCAGAACGUGCGCAAGCUUCUUGACGAAGAUGUGGGAAAUUUUGAAACAGUUUUUGUGAGUUCAGACUACGAGCAAUGUCUGUCCCAAAUGGACGUCUUUGCCAGCACCAACCCUACUGCUGUGUUGGCCGAAUUUGUCGAGUCCGACGCUGAGGACUCGGCCGCCGAUGCAGUGCAAUUCUUACAGAAGCUGGCGGCUGGUGUGCGGUCAAAACGUUAUGCUCGCCAGGUAAUGGCUUUUGUGCUACUAGCAACACACGCCUCUGCCGAUCCCGCUCGUUUCUUGGACGCCUCGUUUGAAAGCACAUAUUUAGAAGCGGGAGCGCUCGACAUCAUGCGGAGCCCACUGUGCGCAGAAGCUGUCCAUCAGCUGACUGGUCAUAUUAAGGAGACGACCAGGGCACCGGCCAAAGCCCUGGCCUCUGACAUGGCCCGAGGCCUAGUACGGCACAUCACCGACAACACGAGGCCGCAGGUGGCAUCCCAUCGACCAGACGAGAACCUUUCCGCCCAGCGCAGAAAGGCAGUAGAGGACGCUGUGGCUCAUUGGAACUUUCCUGCCCACGACUUCGAUAUGGACGAACUAGCAUACGCCGCAAUGAUCAUGCUCGAAAACGUUCUACAAAACACGGGGUUGGAACCUUACCGUCUGGCCCGGCCACAGUUGAUGACGUUCGUGCUGGCAGCCCGGCGCGAAUACAAGCAUGAGCGGGAGGUGCACUACCAUAACUGGCGGCAUGCUGUUGAUGUGACUCAGUCGCUAUAUGUCUUUCUGAGUCAGAUACAUUUGUGUGCGGGCACCACCCAAGUGGUGUCACAAAGCAAAGAAGAUAUGGAGGCUAAUGCUGUAGAACAACUGCUGACUCCAACAGAGGCCCUUAUUCUCAUUGUGUCUGCAAUUGGACACGAUGUUGCACAUCCUGGCGUGAAUAAUGCUUUCCUCGUGGCUAGCAGUCACCAGUUGGCGCAGGUGUACAACGACAAGUCUGUUCUCGAGAACUACCACUGCGCCGCAUAUUCGCAGCUGCUGAGGAGACACUGGCCGCAGCUGAAUGGAAUCCCGCAAUUUCGUAGCAACAUGAUCUCGAUUAUUCUCGCGACCGAUAUGCAACGGCACUUUGAAUACAUGGGAUACCUCAGCGAUCUGAAGCAGAAGAUGGAGACUAGUGACUCUGCCUUGACAGACUGGAGCGAGAAGGACAAAUCUCAUGCCAAAGAGCUCGCAAUGGCGCUGCUGCUCAAGGCAGCAGACAUCUCGAAUGUUGCGCGUCCUUUUGAGGUGUCUGCACAGUGGGCCAAGAUCCUCAUGCAUGAGUUUGCACGGCAAGGAGAGCUCGAAUCUGAACUGCAAAUACCAACGUGUUUGUUCGGCGGUCCACCCGACGAGAACGAUUUGCUCGCGGCCGCUCAAAGCCAAAAAGGGUUCAUGAAUUUGUUUGGCUUUCCGCUCUUCAAGGGCAUCUCGGAAGUGAUGCCGAACGUGUCCUGCACGCUGUCAGAGUUGGAGCACAACAAGGAAGUCUGGGAGAAGAGGAUUGUGGAAGAGACUGCUCGCCGAGAAGCGGGAGGCGACAACCGCCGGCCAUCGAAAACUCUCGGCUCGGUGACGGACUCCCAAGUGGAGGAGGCUCGCAUGCGUAGACGUGUGGAGUCUGAACCUGCCGCCGUCCCAAUUGAUGUCCUACAGGCAACCACUUCUCCUGUAAGGCGCCAGCUCCCUGUCGAUGCGGGCCAUCUUGGCUCCCCUACACGGCACCUGGCUAGCGAGCAGCGUCAACCUCACUCACUACCUCCGUCAAUGGCCGAGGAGAAGCGCUCGUCCACGCCGGUCCUGUGGCCUAGCGCUAUACAACUCGUUCCCACUACCGGUGGCAGCCGACGUUCUAGUAAGGAUGUAGCGUUGAACCAUAUGCAUGAGUUGAGUGCCUAUGCGCAGCAAAACCUGGCUCCUGCAGGCUCGCGAAGAGGGUCAGCGGAUGCUGGCUGGCAGCUUCACCAGAACUAUCCCGGCUCUCGGCGAGGAAGCAAAGAAGAAAGCUUGACUACGAUCUUGGUUACUAGUCAAGGUAGUCCAGCUACCAGGAGUUCGCCAUCGUCGUCGCAGACUCGGCUUGGUAAAGCCUCUUCACCAGCUCGGGGCUCUGGAUUGAUUCAUUGCACAAGCCUCAAGCGCAGUACAUCGCAGCACAAUUCGACUGCCACUUCUUACGCAACAGCUCCUUCGAGGCCACAACACACAGCAUCGGGAGGUCCGAUUUUGACAGAGACGAGGCCACCCUCUACACAAGCGUCAUCACUCGCCUUAGAUGACUCGUUCCAGCCCGGGACACAGCACUGCAGCUGUACAUCAGCUCCAGCAGCAACAGAGAUGCUCAACAACCUGGAUGGCACAGUAAUACAUCAUUCCUCGGCGCCUGCUAUUUUGCCGGCGCCGGAAACCUCAGCGACGGUGGUCCCCGCCAAAAAGUCUGACUCGUCACCCGUCAUUUCGCGAGUAGCGAGUGGGGGAUCGUCCUUGUCAUCACGAUUCGACUCACACACAUCGGAGCCGCGGAUUCGAGAGUCUCGCAGUCGUAGCCGAUUACGGGGUUUGAAGUUCUGGAAGCGGCGGCGUGGCGGCGAUGUGGCAGGAGGAGUUGAUGGCUCGGGUCAGACAAGUUCUGCCGAUCAUUCUCCCCAAUAAUCACCACGACGAUGAUGAUGCAUUUCUGCGGAUAGGUUUGGGACGAAUGGUGUAUGUAUAAAGGCGCGGCGGAUGCGGGCCGGCUUGCUUCUUUUUUGUGAGCGUUUGUGCGCGGCAAAGUAAAGAAGAGGGCCAGGACACGAGAAGCAGCAACGCAGGCAACACAUUCUGCAUGCGACAAUGACGACAAUGACAGACAGACUACCCAGGAGACGAUUGCUAGACGCAGCGUGGGGGCAAUUCGGCACAAGAGUCUACUACUACUACUACAACUACUACUACUACUAUUAACACUACUACUAUUACUACAUCUACUUUCCAC